AUGACUCUGAAGAAUAUAGCAAUGGAUAAUCAAGAUUCUAUAGUUGUUGUGGAUAUGAGACAUUUUGAUGUUAGUAGACCACUAACUAAUUUUUAUUUAUACUCAAAUAACUCCAUCCGCUUGGUAGGAAUGAAUUUGGGUGGAGUUGUUGACGAAAAUAAUGAUGAAGAAAAUGAAGUAAUUAGUGACCUUUCUAAUUUGUUUAUAGCUGGAAAUCAGAUUUACAAGGAUAAGGAAACAUUUAUGGAGGUGAUGCAACAUUAUGGAGUUGUCGAAAAAUUCAGAUUUCUUGUAUCUCGUUCUAGUUCUUCUUGUUAUAACCUGAAGUGUCCUUCUGAGAAUUGUUCAUGGUUGAUGAAUUCAACAAGUUUGAAUCAAUCGGGGCUAUUCAAAAUCAAAAUAUACUAUGCGGAUCACACUUGUUCUGUUCGAGAUAGAGUGUAUGCAAGGCGUCAUGGAAUCAUUGACGUUGUAGCUGUUUUGAUAAUGGAUAAAUUUAUUGAUCCAGUAACUGUAUACACUCCGAAAGAUAUAGCUGAAGACAUGUUGAAAGUACAUGAUGUUUCACUUAAAUACAUGCAAGCCUAG